GCUCUAUAGCGUCGUUUUGACGGUAGGAGUUGAAACGGUUUAUGUCCUGGAUGCGAGGGAUCUGUAAAUAUUUCCACGGCCCUCUUCUUGAUUCGUGCAGUAUACAGGUCCUCAAUGGAAGGCAGGUUGGUAGCAAUUAGUUUUUCUGCAGUUCUAGGUGGACAGUUCUAGGUGGACAGGAGCUGGAGCAAGGAUGGGAGCUGCUCACCCCUUCGUGCGGUGCUUGGGUUCUCGAACUCCAACUGUCAACUUUCCAGCUAACAAACUCAGUGUCUUUAACCACUGAGUCAUUGUGCCCUGUUAGUUAAAUAUGCAGGUCUAAUUUUGACUUUAAACAAAGUUUAUAGAGUGCUUAUAGCCUUUGAGUUUCAGAACUAAAGCUCUACUUUCAAAGGAUAGAUUAUUACAAAAACAGUAUUUCCAGGGAACAACCAAGUUCUUACGCUUAUAAUUUUUCCAAUAACAAAUUCCUUCUCGUUUACAUAGAUACAGUUCCAGAAACACGGAUAUUUGAUGUAUUCUUGGGUGUUUUCCUUCCUGAUGUCAAUCUGGUGACUCUUACAAUUGGAGAUAUGACUUUCUCUCUCAAGGAAGCAGAGCAAAAAGGUUACAGGAUCUCUGUUAUUUCCUUCCCCAAUGGAACAAGAGGUUUUGAACUGGAAGUGCCUUUUGAUGAUCCCAAUGUCCUAAAAGAAUAUAUGAACAUAAAUGAAACUCGGUAUCACCUCCGAGUAAUCUACACUUUGACCGUGGGUCCUGAAGAGAAGCUGUAUCAUCAUCCUGCAGAUGUCGAAUGCACAAUGGCAGAUGUCCAAUUACCAGAAGGCAUUGGAUACUGUGACAAAGAGAAUAUAUAUUUAUAUGUUACAACUGCAGGCCUAUUUCAAUACUGGAUUCUAUAUAUAGGCAAUACUCCUUUGAAUUAUAUCACUGCCCGUACAAAUGGAUAUCUUAUCACUAUGAAUGAUACUCAUCUACUAUUGCAAGUGCCUUUCUUUGCACCUGGGAUAAUCUAUGAGGAAGUGUCCUUUGAGAGAAUCCAAGGUAGAUUUGAUCUGGACUUGAAGAAAAUGGCCACUCUAGAGACCCUGAAUACCUUUUCUGUUAUGUGUAAUUUUCAGUCCUCAGAAUUCAUAGUGUGCUAUCCUAAUGGAACUGUAACUGUAUUGGCUCACAUGAAGACAGUUCCAUCCAUUGAUAUGGGCAAAACAAGACUGAAGGAUAAGAUUUGUAAGCCUCGAGACUAUACAAAGAACCAAGCUUUAUUUCAAUUUCAAGUUUCUACUUGUGGCACUUCCUUAAUGUUUAAUGAUGAACACCUUAUUUAUGAAAAUGAAAUAUCCUUUGAAAAAGAAACUCUUCCAAUACAGAAUCGACCAAUUAUCACAAGAGAUCCAGAAUACAGACUGACUAUCUUGUGCUACUAUCCAAUCAAAGAGACCUUGAUGCGAAGUGCUAUGCGCUAUGGUUCCUCAUCCAGAACUUUACCUUUUGGUUCUGGUACAAUGAUGUCUUGGCCUAAUAACGAAGGGCUUAUAAGCAGAAGACAAGUUCUAAAUAUCCAGGCAAAUAUAUUCAAAGAUGAAUCAUUCACAGAAGCCUAUAAGUCUCAUUCAUUAGUUUUCAAGAGUUCGUGGGAACCUCUAUUUUUUGAAGUAGAAUUAAAAGAUGAAGCCCCUAAUGUUGAGCUAUUUUUGGAAAACUGCUGGAUGACACAAUCUGAAGAAAUCAAGAGCAUUCCUCACUGGAACUUUAUUGUAGAUGGGCAAGUAACACUCCAGAAUUAUUUGUAA